UUCGACAGUCACAGAAGAACGUACGUGCCUGGCAUGGCUGGGUAAGCGUGCGAUGAGUUGGUUGACAUUCCUUCACAUGUGUAAGGCUUCCACGAUUACAAAUCUCUCCUGGCCAUGAGUGUACUGUUUACGGAGGAGGAAGUGCAUCAGACAAUCGAAUUCGUGCGUCGAUUUGUUGCACUUCGACCCGACGCUUUCGGAGAGGACGAACCCCUACCAUUUCGAGUUACCCCGCUAUCUAUUUCUGUCAACGAGUUGGAGGGAGAAUGCAUCGAAUGGUGUAUGCAGUACCUCAAUAAAAGUGGAGCACCUGAAGCUGUGGCUGCUCUUAUAACUCGUGCCACCGUUGAUGAAAUCAGCAAAAAAGAUCUCUCCAUUUAUAGGCAUGAGGAGGAAAAGGAUGCUUUACUGGACUCCUCCAAAAUUGCCAGAGAUGCCAUUAAUAAGGUUAUAGAGAUUUGUAGGCAAUGGAGCAGUGAGCUGCCCUCCUUUCACAAGUCAAAGAUCACGUAUGAAUCAUAUGCUCAUGCUAUCAAGAACACCAGAAGAAAAAUGGAGGAUAGACAUGUUAUCUUGCCUGAAUUUAACUGUCUCUUUGGAUUUCCACAGGGCUUCAGCAAUCAAGCAUUCUUUGCUGUAUAUGAUGGUCACAGUGGAGUGGAUGCUUCCAAUUUUUCUGCUACUCACCUUCACUGUCAUCUUGCAAGGAACAAAAACCUUGAUAUUGAUCCUAGACUUGCUUUGAAAGAAGCAUUUGAAAAGACAGAUGAAUGCUUUGUAGCAAAGGCCAAAAGAGAGGGUCUUCGAAGUGGUUCCACAGGUGUAGCUGUGUUUAUAAAGGGUCAAUCGCUUUAUGUUGCAUGGUUGGGAGAUUCACAGGUUGUACUGUGUAAAGCUGGGCAGCCAUAUCUCCUCAUGGAUCCCCACAAGCCAGAUAGAGAGGAUGAAAGACAGCGUAUUGAAGCUCUUGGAGGUUGUGUUGUGUUCUUUGGUGCAUGGCGAGUAAAUGGAAGUCUCUCAGUCUCCCGAGCAAUUGGUGAUGCUGAGCACAAGCCUUACAUAAGUGGAGAGCCAGACACAGAGGAAUUGGAUCUUGAAGGUGAUGAAGACUUCCUAAUCUUAGCCUGUGAUGGUUUGUGGGAUGUAAUUAAACCAUCUGAGGCUGUGGAUGCUGUGCGUCAGUACCUUGCUGAAGGGGGAGAUAGGGCAUCUGUAGCAAAGUGUCUUGUGGAUGGUGCAAAAGAAGCAGGUUCUAGUGAUAACAUUUCAGUAGUUGUUGUCUUCUUGGACUCUCACAAGAAAGAAAAUUCUGGACAAGAAGUUUGUGACAGUGUUUCCAGCUUAUCAUCAAGCAGUGUGCAUCAACAUGUGCCUUAUAAUGACAAUGGUACUAAUUCUUCUGAAAAUGGCACCAACCAAGAAACUAAUUGUGGAGAUUUGGUUGAAAAAUCACCAGUACCACCAUGUAAAGUCUCACCAAAAUCAAUCAAGAAAUCCUGUGAACCGUCAUCUAAAUCUUCUGAGGAUGGAAGUUCAUGUAAAGAAGGGAGUUGUCCAAUGACAUAAUAUUGAAUCAGCCCCUCAAAUCUCAUCAGUCACCAUGCAUUCUCUUUUAUAGGAUAUAUUUUAAAAAUAAAUUUUUAUAACCGCAAUUUUUGAAAAUAUGACGCAAUUCUUAUGAAGAAAAGUUUUCACCCUGAAAUAGUGGUGGUCCAUUUCUAUCAACUAUUCAAAAGCCUUUAAACAUCUGAUGUGUUCAUAAAUGUAAAAGAAAAAACUGAAUGUGAGGAAUUUUCUUUUACAAGUUUUGAUUUCAAACAGUCAUCUACUGGAUAAAGGUUUGUCAAGGCUGAGAAAAUUAUUUUCAAGAACUUAUUUAUUAUCUUAUUAGAGUUGCUCACUUGAAAUACAGAUGGACAGGAAAAGACUCAGUUUUUGCUGCAAGCAGAAGUGAACAAAAUUGUUGUUUAUCCAUUUUCAACAAGGAACAAUAUUUAUUAAACCCUCUUAGACAUCACAACUGUUUUGUAAGAGGUCUGCUACAUGAUUGUAAAAUGAAUUUUCACAGAUCCACCUCCACCUUGCAUGUUUUCAAAAAGCGCAGUAACUGUUGUCAAACUUUUUUUGCAACAGUGCUAUUUGUGCGCAAAUAUCAUGGUGUGGUUGGUACAUUCAUUGAAAUGUAACUUGUAACUCGAGGAUUGUAGGUGCAUUGAGAGGGAAUUGCCAUCCUCAAGACAGAACAUCAUAUAGAAUGACCUUAAACAUUAAUUAACAUGUGAUAUUAUUGAUGCAAGUUAGCCAUAUGUUAAGAUAUGUUUAUUGAUUACCUUUACCAUACAAUGGUUUGUAAUUAAAAGCUGUUUACUUUACAUCAACCUUUUGACCCCAAAGAAUGACAAACAUCUAAUUUCUCCUUACAAUAUCACCCCUGAAUCACACAUCAAGGUCAUGAGAGUAUAGAAAAUGAUCACUAACUGAAAAAAAAAGCUGUUGGUUGUUAAACAAAUUCUCUUUCAAGAACAGUAUGUAAAGGAUUAAGUAAACAGAAAUUUACAGUAGGAUCUGACCAAGGGUGAAAAUGACUUAAUAGUUAUAUAUUUUAUAUAUAUUGUAAUUAACUGAGAAGAAAAAUGUGAAACUUAUACAUAUUACUAUACAUUUAAACAUAAAUUGAAAGGUAUGUUUUGUGGUGUGUGAGUUUACUCUUUGGUUUUAAUUUAUGUUGGAUGAACAAAUGGGUGAUUUUGUGAGAUUAAUUUGACUGGAUAUUAAAAAUUACCCCUUUGACUCUAAGAUUAACCAGCAUGUAAUUUCUUUCGACAAUAUUACUGCUGAAUCAUUUAUUAAGAUCAUAGCAAUAAAGUAAAUGAUCACCAGCCUAAAAAGCUUUGAUGUUUAAAUAAAUUCUCCUGAGAAAUUGUAUUAAGGACAGUAUGGAGAAAGUGGAUACUGAUGUCAGGGUGUGAAUUCAUGUCGGGUAUAAAGUUAAAUCUUCUCGGAUGAGCAGGCGUACGAGAGCUGCAUGGAUGAGUUAACAUGUUAGAUAAAUAACGCUGCUGACGGUCCAACUCAAACAAGUUAAUUCAAAGAGGGGUUUAAGGGUUCUACGAGGCCUCCUUUUCUGCCCCCGGGAUUAAAAGAGUCUGGGUCAAUAAUGUGUACUUUUAGACAAGGUCUUUUAUAUUCUCUUAGUC